GGGGGGGGGUGCCUGGCGGCGCGGCGGCGCGGGAGGGGGCGAAGGGCGACGGAGAGUCGCUCGGAAGGGGCCGCCGCGGGCCAAGUGUCUGGGCGGGGGCCCAGCCUUUUACCGGACCCUCGCCGACGGCGACCGUGAUGCUGCAGAACCGGCGGGAGCGCCCCGCCACUGCCGCGCUCUGCCCCUUCGGCGACCCCGGCGCCCGCCUCCUGCAGGGGGAGCGACCGUGGCCAUAGCUCAUGACUCGCGUCCCGGCCACGUCCCCUAGAGAGAAAUCCUUCAAAAAGUUGCAUUUUCAAACAUCCUUGCGCUGACCUUUGGGGCCGUGGGGGCCGAAGAAGCGUGCGUGCGUGCGCAAGCAAGAAAGCCAGAGGUGUCUUGUGCAUGGGGGGCUGGCGCUGGGGGCACCUCCCGCGGCCACUUCGCCUAGCUUUGUGCUGAGGCUCCGGCCCCCGCCCCCGGGACGCCGGGACUGUGAUGACCCCCUGCGGGCGGGCGCGGCGACACACAGCCAGGGGGGCCAUGGCCGUUCUGGCGUGGAAGUUCCCGCGGACCCGACUGCCCGUGGGUGCCAGUGCCCUCUGUGUCGUGGUCCUGUGUUGGCUCUACGUUUUCCCCGUCUACCGGCUGCCCAACGAGAAGGAGAUCGUGCAGGGGGUGCUGCAACAGGGCACCGCGUGGAGGAGGAACCAGACAGCGGCCGGAUUGUUCAGGAAACAAAUGGAAGACUGCUGCGACCCCGCCCAUCUCUUUGCUAUGACUAAAAUGAACUCCCCCAUGGGGAAGAGCAUGUGGUAUGACGGGGAGCUUUUGUACUCAUUCACCAUUGACAAUUCAACUUAUUCUCUCUUCCCCCAGGCAACCCCAUUCCAGCUGCCAUUGAAGAAAUGCGCGGUGGUGGGAAAUGGUGGGAUUCUGAAGAAGAGUGGCUGUGGCCGUCAAAUAGAUGAAGCAAAUUUUGUCAUGCGAUGCAACCUUCCUCCUUUGUCAAGUGAAUACACUAAAGAUGUUGGAUCCAAAAGUCAUUUAGUGACCGCGAAUCCCAGCAUAAUUCGGCAAAGGUUUCAGAACCUACUGUGGUCCAGAAAGACAUUUGUGGACAACAUGAAAGUCUAUAACCACAGUUACAUCUACAUGCCUGCCUUUUCUAUGAAGACAGGAACAGAGCCAUCCCUGCGGGUGUAUUACACACUGUCAGAUGUAGGUGCCAAUCAAACAGUGCUCUUUGCCAACCCCAACUUUCUGCGUAGCAUUGGAAAGUUCUGGAAAAGUAGGGGAAUCCAUGCCAAACGCCUGUCCACGGGACUUUUUCUGGUGAGUGCAGCUCUGGGCCUCUGUGAAGAGGUGGCCAUCUACGGCUUCUGGCCCUUUUCUGUCAAUAUGCGUGAGCAGCCCAUCAGCCACCACUACUAUGACAACGUCUUACCCUUUUCUGGCUUCCAUGCCAUGCCCGAGGAAUUUCUCCAACUCUGGUAUCUUCAUAAAAUUGGUGCCCUGAGAAUGCAGCUAGAUCCAUGUGAGGACACCUCACUCCAGCCCACUUCCUAGGGACAGUGGAAGAAGAAAGGACCAAGCCAGGGUAUUUUUGUUAGGUUUUCUAUGUGACUCCAAGAGGGAGUGGUCAGGUGCUUCCGUGGAUUUGCAGGGAACACUUGGAAAAGACAAGAAAAGAACAACAAAAACCCAAGCAAAACUUUUAAUGUUGGCUUAGAAGACAAAUAAGAAACGAAACAUCCCAUGAAACGUUUUAUAGCACAUGGUGGAUUUGCAACUAGUAAAAUGCCGAUGGAAUGCUGUUGGUAAAGCACAUUUACAUGGUUCAAAUCUAGAAGAUGCAGUUCAAAAACAAGACAAACUAGGCUAAGGAACUGAUCAAGGUAGAAUAAAGAAAAUGCCGGGGCAAAAGUGUUGCCGAUUGUCAACACAAACUGGCUUAAUAAUAAUAAUAAUGAUAAUGAUAAUAGUAACCUGUCUUAUUAAGACUGGCAUUAGAACCAUAGGUUUUUAAAAAAUUAUUAUUUAUUUUUGCCCUAUUUAGGGGCAGCGGGUGGGUGAUGGGGUAGAUUUAAAAAAAAUCUCUUACUGAGUAAUGCUACAGCUGAUUAUUGUGAUUUGUUGAACCAUGUCUAUGUUGACUAUAGUUUCCCUCUAUUUUUUAAAUUUUAAAUAAGAAUUGCUUCUUCCUCUUUUGUCGAGUCUACUUAGACAAUGUGAAGCAUUGUUGAAUUUAGACUGUGUUGAUUCAUAGUCUGGAUAACAUGAGCCACUUUCUGUCUCAGAAUUUAGGACAUAAACCCAAUUUUAGGUCUGCAUUAUGUAAGCCUGUUUGCAUUGUCGUUAUUAUUUUAGUGCAAAAAGACUACAAAUAGGAGUGUGUUGUUUAUUUGUAAAUUGGCAUAAUUGUCUUCAUAAUGUAAUGUUCAGAAAGGAAGUAAAGCACAAUGAUGAAAAGCUUAGUCUCUGUGGAAGACAGCCCAGAAGGCAAAUCCCUUUUCUAUCUACCACAGUAUAUUCA